CACUGGUCACUGAGCAGGCAUCUCCAUUAAAGAAACCCAGAUCGAGGAGCACGUCCCUGCGUCAGGACGGAAGAACAAAGAGUAAACAAACCAAUCCGCACCGGAACAGUGCGGUGUUUAGUAAGCACGAGAUUUGAAUCGAAUCCAACCAGGGAAGCCUCCUUGAUCCUGUAGCGCGAGGAGGCCGCCGCACAUUACACACACCACACCAACCCCCCUAGCUCCUCCUACCUUUCAAACUACUCCACUCCAGUUUCCAUCUGCGUCAGCUUCUUCUUGCUUGAGCUGCCGAGUCGAGCUGCUAAGGUAGCUCGCACGCAGUGAUGGUGGCCAUGCCCUCCUUGCUCGUCUUCUUCCUGCUGCUGCUGCUUCAGCUCGGCCCGUAUUCUUGCGGCAAUGUGAGUGAGCCUGAGUGGUGCUUCACUUCAGCUUCCCGAUCCAUGAGCUGUUCUUGGCUGGUGCCUUGAAAAGGUUUGCUUUCUUGGCGUCGCUGCAGGUGUACAUUGUGUACAUGGGGGAGAGGAACCCCGAGCUGCAUCCGGCGCUGGUUCGGGACUCGCACCACGGCAUGCUUGCCGCCGUCCUUGGCAGGUGAGGAGGCGACCAUUGAUUACCUUGAUUCUAAGCUUGCCCAUGGCUUCCUCACUCUGGUCUUGAGCUUUGCAGCGAGCAGGCGGCCAAGGACGCCAUCCUCUAUAGCUACAGGCACGGCUUCUCCGGGUUCGCCGCCGUGCUCACGGACAGGCAGGCGGCGCGGCUUGCCGAUUGGCCUGGAGUUGUGCGAGUGGUUCGAAAUCGUGUUCUUGACCUGCACACAACUAGGACAUGGGAUUUCAUGCGAGUGAAUCCGUCACCUUCGGGUGGAAUCCUCUCGGAGAGUAGAUUUGGGGAGGAUUCCAUUAUCGGUGUACUAGAUACCGGGAUAUGGCCGGAGUCGGCCAGUUUUAGAGACGACGGCGUCGGCGAGGUUCCACGGCGGUGGAAAGGACGAUGUGUCGCCGGAGACAGAUUCAAUGCUUCCAGCUGCAAUAGGAAAAUAAUAGGCGCGAAAUGGUACAUCAAAGGGUACGAAGCCGAGUACGGGAAGAUGAACACGACCGACAUAUACGAGUUCAUGUCCGCGAGAGAUGCUGUCGGACACGGAACGCACACAGCGUCCACUGCUGCCGGUGCUCUGGUGGCUGAUGCAAACUUCAGAGGGCUUGCCAGUGGUGUAGCAAGGGGAGGGGCACCCAGGGCAAGGCUGGCCGUUUACAAAGUGUGCUGGGCCACCGGAGACUGUACUUCUGCAGACAUCCUUGCUGCUUUUGACGACGCCAUACACGACGGUGUCGAUGUGCUUUCAGUGUCCCUGGGGCAAGCACCACCACUCCCUGCUUAUGUUGAUGAUGUCUUGUCCAUCGGAUCCUUCCAUGCUGUUGCAAAAGGAAUUGUUGUGGUCUGCUCUGCAGGAAACUCCGGACCUUAUUCAGAGACGGUGAUCAACUCAGCACCCUGGAUUGUGACCGUUGCUGCUGGCACCAUUGAUAGGAUUUUCCUUGCAAAGAUCACCCUUGGCAACAAUAGCACUUAUGUGGGUCAAACACUGUACUCCGGAAAGCAUCCUUCCAAAAGUAUGCAUGUAGUCUAUGCUGAAGAUAUUGCAUCUAAUAAUGCUGAUGAUACAGAUGCAAGAAGCUGCACUGCAGGAUCUCUGAAUUCUACUCUAGUGAAGGGAAAUGUGGUGCUUUGCUUCCAAACACGAGUACAGAGAUCACCAGCAGUGGCAGUGGAGACUGUCAAGAAAGCUCGUGGUGUUGGAGUCAUCUUCGCCCAGUUCUUAACCAAGGAUAUUGCGUCUUCAUUUGAUAUUCCCUGUCUUCAAGUAGAUUAUCAAGUUGGAACAGCUAUACUUGCGUACACUACUAGCAUGAGAAACCCAACGGUUCAAUUUGGCUCAGCAAAAACAAUUCUUGGAGAACUGAUAGGCCCAGAAGUUGCAUAUUUCUCGUCUCGGGGUCCAAGUUCUCUGUCACCCUCUGUUCUGAAGCCAGACAUCGCCGCCCCAGGUGUAAACAUUUUGGCCGCAUGGACACCUGCUGCCGCCAUAUCAUCAGCCAUUGGAUCUGUGAACUUCAAGAUCGAUUCAGGAACCUCGAUGUCCUGCCCCCACAUUUCAGGCGUGGUCGCUCUCCUCAAAUCAACGCAUCCUAAUUGGAGUCCUGCUGCAGUAAAAUCAGCACUGGUCACAACAGCCACUGUCCAUGACGAAUAUGGGUUUGAAAUUGUAUCCGAGGCAGCACCCUACAGCCAGGCAAACCCAUUUGAUUACGGAGGUGGUCAUGUGGAUCCAAAUAAGGCCGCACAUCCCGGUCUCGUGUACGACAUGGGGACAUCUGACUAUGUGCGCUUCCUUUGCUCCAUGGGCUACAACAACUCGGCCAUCAGCUCCAUGGCUCAACAGCAUGCGACCUGCCAGCACACACCAAAUUCGCAGUUGAAUCUGAAUGUGCCAUCCAUCACAAUUCCCGAACUGAGGGGCAAACUGACAGUGUCAAGAACAGUCACCAAUGUCGGCCCGGCCAUGUCAAAGUACAGAGCUCGUGUAGAAGCUCCUCCAGGAGUGGCCGUCUCCGUGAGCCCCUCCCUCCUGACCUUCAACUCGACAGUCAACAGGUCGACGUUCAAGGUGACAUUCCAGGCUAAACUGAGGGUGCAAGGGAGGUACACCUUCGGCAGCCUGACAUGGGAGGACGGCGCCCACGCGGUGAGGAUCCCUCUGGUGGUUCGGACGGUGAUCAGCAAGUUCUACGUCAAUGCGUGAACAGGUGUGUGUCACCU